UGCACACGAUGAGACAUUCCCAUGUUUGUAUUAUACGCAAAAUUCGGAACUUGAGACAUAAUUGCUGGGUAUGAUUGGUAAUGGAAAUAUUUUUAUAAGGAUAUAGGUAAGCUUUGGUACUUGAUAUGUACGUAAGUAAAUAAGUUAUAAUUUAUAUACAGCGUCAUUAAAGUCUCGUUCACAGUUUUAUAGCUCAUCUGAAUCGGCGCGAAGGAUUUUAUUUUUUAGUUUUCGAAAACGAUUCAUGAUUUUUAAAUUGUUUUUCAUAAUCGCCUAGGCCUACAUCACUCAAAUUAUCUGGAAGAUUUGAUCGAUUGGAUCAUUCAAAGAAUGGUACUGCCUAAUUUUAGUUUCGUUAUUUUUUAAAGGUUAUUUUAAUCUUUUAGAAAUCUACUCAAUCGUUUAUGUUCAUUUUGAACUAAUAGAAUUAGGUACCUCUAAAAAUUAAUAACGCUAAUUAUUUCACAUCGUUACGCCAAGGUAAUACCUUAGCGACGCGGAAUGCGUACAUGUAGGCGUAGGUUAGUCAGCAAAACCUCCGAAAUUAUGAGAACUUAUUCGUAGAUACCUACUUUGAAUUUGAUAAGACUUAUUUUAUGUUUAAUUGAAAAUUUAUUAAAAUUCAUCCGCGAAUGCUAAAUUGAAAAAACCAACAAAAUGCUUACGCUUAGUCAAGUUUUUAUUGAAAGUAGAUAAUUAUGUAAAUAGAUGAAUUACAUUUGAUCGAAUUCCUGGAUUCAAAGAAUAAAUAUCUACUUACAAUCGGCUGUAAUCUGUUUUUACACGCAAAUUUAUUCGAUGUUUGCCUAUUUGAAUGUUUCGGCAAACUUGUUUUCAUAUCUCCACUCAAGAGAGCAACAAGUUUCCCAAAACGUUCGAAUAAAUAUUGAAUAAAUUGGCGCGUAAAUGUGUUGUACCUAUGUAAGUACUUACUAGUGUAUUCGUUUAUUUAUUUUUUUAAUGAGAGUGCGUGUCGAGCAAAUAGCAAAAAUUAGCCAUCUCUAAAAUUGUAGCCCACCUAUAAUUUGAACAAUUUACCUAAAUUAACUUUUACCUAUCCACUUAUCUGCCUAUCUAAUUAUAACAUUGCCACAAAGUUGGAGUAAGACGUAUUCUCUGUCAUUCGCAGAAUGAAUAUUUUCAUGAUUUAGGGGUAUAUUAUAUUUUUGUGUUCGCGAUUUGUUGUCGAUUUGAAAAAUUUAUCAGUUCGUUUUUUUCAUCGGUUUUUCAGAAAAUGCGAUUUCUGCGAGUAUGUUUCGGUUUUAUUGUUGCGUUAUUAGGUUUCGCGAUAUGUUCGUCAAAAGCAUCGAAUAUUCUGUUCAUCUUACCAUAUCCUGUGCCUAGCCAUUUUCAAUGUUUUCAUCCACUGAUGGUGGAGUUAGCUGAUCGAGGACAUAAUGUUACCGUACUUAGCUCUUUCAAACCGAACCACGAUAAUAUCACGUUUAUUGAUUUUACCGGAGCUAAACAAUAUUUUCAUGCCUCAUGGACAGCUCUAAGAAGCCAGACCAGACUAGAGAAUAUGAUCACUACUUAUGAAAUAGUGAAAAACUUCAUGAACAAAGCUCUUUACGAUGAAAACUUUCAACAACUUUUAAACAACAACGAUACGCACUUUGACGCGGUGAUGAUCGAGAUUUAUUACGCCGAUGCAUAUUUAGCUUUAGCCAAAAAAUACAACGCUCCGGUUAUAGGUCUGGUUCCGCAAAGUUUACCUGCUGUCUACGGUUGGCUGACGAGUAACCCGAUCAGCUUCUCAUAUAUUCCAAAUAUGUAUUUACCUUACACAAACGAUAUGAAUUUUUUCCAACGUUUAACUAACUCGUUGUUUGGAUUGGUGCACGUUGUCGCCUAUGAAAUGUGGUACUACGUAGCUAAUCAAGAAGUUGUGAACCGGCAUUUCGACUUUCUGCAGAGUAAUCAGAAAAAUUUAAAAACAAUGCUGGACGAUGUAUCUCUACUUUUGGUGAAUACACAUUACACGAUGGGAUAUCCUCGUCCUUUUUUACCAAAUAUCGUCGAAGUUGCUGGCAUGCACUUGAAAUCAAAAAAGACUUUACCAGAAGAUAUCAGACAUUUCAUGGAUAAAUCAGUUAAUGGCGUAGUCUACAUAAGCUUCGGAACGAUGGUAGAUCCGAUAGUUGUUGAAAAAUGGGGCAAAGUCAUACUGCAAGUUUUUGCCAAUCAACCACUUAGCGUGAUAUGGAAAUGGAAUUCUACUUUGGUUGAAAAUAUUCCACGUAAUUUUUUCAUUCAGUCUUGGUUGCCUCAAAAUGAGAUUUUGCAACAUUCGAAUUGUAAGCUCUUCAUAACGCACGGUGGAGUGCACAGCUUAAUCGAAACCGUCAACGCUGGCGUGCCCAUCAUCGGGGUGCCUUUUUUCUCCGAUCAACCGUUGAAUAUUGCCAACGCUGAAAAAUUAGGAUUUGGAAUCGGUCUCAAAGACUUGGAAACCGAACCACUGAGAAAUGCUGUACGUCGCAUCUUCGAUAACCCUGAAUAUCAUAAAAAUGCCCAACAUAGAUCGAAAUUAUUCAAAGAUCGAUUAGUGGAUCCACUUUCAACGGCUACGUACUGGGUAGAACACGUACUAAGAAAUAAAGGAGCACCGCAUUUGAAAUCUGCUGCUGCUAAGCUCACCUGGUAUCAGUAUUUCAUGUUGGACGUGAUAGUUUUCGUUUUAGUCGUCUUAUUUGUAAUUUCUUACUUACUGGCUGUAAUUUCUACGCGUGCGAUACGUUUUACCAGAGCGAAAUUCAAUUCAUUUGUCACUUUUGUUAUCGAUCAUAAUUCUCAAUACAAGAAAGUUCAGUAAAGCAAACAUACCUAUUGUUUGCUGAGAAUGUUGCUUUAUAAUACAGGAGCAGGAUAGGUCCUAAUGCUAUUGUACGGGGUUCCCAAGAAUUUCGAGUAUCUCUGUGUGACAUUUUCUGAUAAUGCUGCAUGAAUUGAAUUAAUUUUUUAACAUAUUUAGUUUAUAUGUCCAUGAAUAUAAAAAUUAGGUGGUCAUGCUGGAGGACAGACUCAAUUAUUUUGAUCGCGAGUUACCUAUUUGUACAUAGAUUGGGUUAUUGUUUGCACUGAAUCUCAAUUUUCUCACGCCAAAUUUGUACCAUAUAUUUUGUUAUAAGUAGGUAGGUGGAUAUCUUGUCAACUUGAAACGAUUUAUGUAUUUGAUGAUUGAUCAUUUUAACAUUUUGUACUAAAUUUAUCAAUUAAGCAAUAAA